GCUCUGGCCUGUGACUGAACGCAACAAAACCAGACAAACCGGAAGUUGCUGCUCUGCUACUAAAGAUGGUAGCCAGUUAAGAAUCGAGCUAAUUAGUAGCUUUCAAGCAGGAUAUUCAUCUCAAUAUAAAACAUACAGCGCCGUAGAAAAUGACCAUUAGUCGUAACUGACGAGAUAUAGCCUACCUGCCUUUCCACGUGGAAGAAAACGGAGGACAGAGACGUGCUAACUAAGGAGUUGGCUUUUCUACAAGGAAUCUGGUGUAUGGACUUCCUGCUCUCUUCUUCUACUACAGGUCAUCUAAAGUGACAAUAUGAGUGGAGAGAAGGAAACAUUGUUGGAUGAAAUCGAACAGAGUUUACACUGUCUAACCAAGGACAAUUUACAAUACCUGUGUGAACGUUGUGGAAUAGAUGGCUCCCAAGUUAAAGGAAAGAACCAUUGUGUAUUGCAACGUAAAAUCUUGGAGGAAAUGUGGGUAAAUGCAAAUUCGGUCAAAUCGGAGGAGCAUGUAAUGUCUUGGUUACUCCAACUGAAAGAUGACAUCAGGAGGAUACAGGAAGAAUCUACUGUGGCACCCAUGAGGCCCAGCCAGUCUGAUGAUGAUACUACAGACUGCGAUGAAGAAUGGGACAUGGAAAACAAGGAUUGGUGUCUUAGCAACGGGCUGGAGGCAGCGUCAGUUCCAGAGAACCACACCACAGAGCAGAGGCAGAGGGGGGACAUGUCUCUCCCAGAGUCCCCAGGUCCUGCCUCUCCCGCUAGCACAUUACUACUGGGUUUGAAGAGGGUGUCUGUGCGGCUGGUUGACUGCAGGAAAACACUGGGGCUGAGUGGAACUACAAGAGGAGGAGGAGAAGAAGAGAAGGGAUAUGAAGAUUCAGAUUCGAUGUCAUCAAGUAGGAACAAUGGGGACAACCCUAACGGUCGCUCGCUCAGUGGGAGGGUCUUAUCAUCUGGGAAGGCUCCAGGGUUGAAAGUGAUCCAGCGACCUUACAGCUGUGAUGUAUGUGAGAAGAGUUUCACUCAAUCAGGAAACCUACGAAGACACCAAACAGUACACACAGGAGAGCGACCAUAUGUCUGUCCUAUAUGCGGAAAGAGUUUCCUUUUGUCAGGAACACUGUCAAGACACAAGAGAACACACACAGGAGAGAAACCAUACGGCUGUCCUAUAUGCGGAAAACGUUUCCGUACGUCAGGACAAUUGACUAUACACGAGCGAACACACACUGGAGAGAAACCUUAUCGCUGCGAUCAAUGUGGGAAGCGUUUUACUCAAGCUUGUUCCCUGACUGAACACAAGCGAACACACACUGGCGUGAUGUUCCACUGCUCAGACUGUGAGAAGAGCUUCCCUACAUCAGUCAAGUUGAAACGGCACCAGCAGACGCACACAGGAGAGAAACCUUAUCGCUGUGAUCAAUGUGGGAAGAGUUUUGCGAGAGGUUAUUCCCUGACUGAACACAAGCUAACACACACAGGAGAGAAACCAUAUGUCUGCGAUCAAUGUGGGAAGAGAUUUACUAACUCGGGAACACUGACUUUACAUCAGCCAACACACACUGGAGAGAAACCUCGUAGCUGUGCUAUAUACAGCUGUAAGCACUGUGAGUGGAGUUUUGCUCAUUCAGAAGACCUAGCAAGACACCACCAGAGAAAACACAUGUGGGAGGGUAUUCAUGUCUGUGAUCAAUGUGGGAAGAGUUUUGCUAGUUCUGGAGACCUGAAUAUACACAAGCGUAUACACACAGGUGAGAAACAAUAUGUCUGUGAUCAGUGUGGAAAGAGUUUUGCUAGUUCGGGAAACCUGAAUAUACACAAGCGUAUACACACCGGCGAGAAACCAUAUGUCUGUGAUCAAUGUGGGAAGAGCUUUGCCUCAUCUGGAUUCCUGACUAAACACAAGCAUAUCCACACCGGAGAGAAACCUUACAGUUGUGAACGGUGUGAGAAGAGAUGUGUUUCCAAAGGAGAGUUGAGAACGCACCAGCUUGUACACCCCAGAGAGAACUCUCUCUUCCUGUGUGAUCGAUGUGGGAAGAGCUUCACACACAUGGGAUCCCUGAAUGUACACAUGCGUAGGCACACAGGAGAGAAACCCUACCGCUGCGAUCAAUGUGGGAAGAGCUUUAUUCAGCCAGUAGAAUUGAAAAUGCACCAACGAGUGCACACUGGAGAGAAACCCUACAGCUGUGAUCUAUGCAGGAAGAGAUUCGCUCAGUCAGGACUGCUGACUGUACACAAGAGAACACACACUGGAGAGAAACGUUAUAAAUGUGAUAUAUGUGGGAAAAGAUUUGCUCAGUCAGGAAACCUGAAGAGUCAUCAGAAAACCCACACAGGCAGAGAAAGAAGUCAAACAGACAGACUGAAUCACCACCAUACCUCCAUCCUCUAAGGCAUCAGUUCUCAGGAUCCCUCUGUGGACUCUGGGUAAACAUCACAGGAUCCCUGUAUUGACUCUGGGUAAACAUAACAGGAUCCCCUGUAUUGACUCUGGGUAAACAUCACAGGAUCCCCUGUAUUGACUCUGGGUAAACAUCACAGGAUCCCCUGUAUUGACUCUGGGUAAACAUCACAGGAUCCCCUGUAUUGACUCUGGGUAAACAUCACAGGAUCCCCUGUAUUGACUCUGGGUAAACAUCACAGGAUCCCCUGUAUUGACUCUGGGUAAACAUCACAGGAUCCCCUGUAUUGACUCUGGGUAAACAUCACAGGAUCCCCUGUAUUGACUCUGGGUAAACAUCACAGGAUCCCCUGUAUUGACUCUGGGCAAACAUCACAGGAUCCCCUGUAUUGACUCUGGGCAAACAUCACAGGAUCCCCUGUAUUGACUCUGGGUAAACAUCACAGGAUCCCCUGUAUUGACUCUGGGUAAACAUCACAGGAUCCCCUGUAUUGACUCUGGGUAAACAUCACAGGAUCCCCUGUAUUGACUCUGGGUAAACAUCACAGGAUCCCCUCUGUAGACUCUGGGUAAACAUCACAGGAUCCCCUGUAUUGACUCUGGGUAAACAUCACAGGAUCCCCUGUAUUGACUCUGGGUAAACAUCACAGGAUCCCCUGUAUUGACUCUGGGUAAACAUCACAAGAUCCCCUGUAUUGACUCUGGGUAAACAUCACAGGAUCCCCUGUAUUGACUCUGGGUAAACAUCACAGGAUCCCCUGUAUUGACUCUGGGUAAACAUCACAGGAUCCCCUGUAUUGACUCUGGGUAAACAUCACAGGAUCCCCUGUAUUGACUCUGGGUAAACAUCACAAGAUCCCCUGUAUUGACUCUGGGUAAACAUCACAGGAUCCCCUCUGUAGACUCUGGGUAAACAUCACAGGAUCCCCUCUGUAGACUCUGGGUAAACAUCACAGGAUCCCCUCUGUAGACUCUGGGUAAACAUCACAGGAUCACUGUAUUGACUCUGGGUAAACAUCACAGGAUCCCCUCUGCCGACUCUGGGUAAACAUCACAGGAUCCCCUCUGCCGACUCUGGGUAAACAUCACAUGAUCCCCUGUAUUGACUCUGGGGAAACAUCACAGGAUCCCUGUAUUGACUCUGGGUAAACAUCACAGGAUCCCCUCUGCCGACUCUGGGUAAACAUCACAGGAUCCCCUCUGCCGACUCUGGGUAAAAUAGCCCACUCUGUAUUCCAUAUACAGUGUACAUUGGAGGUGGCAGAGUAUGAAGUGCUGUUGGAUAUGUAAGACACACCAAGUCAUAUUGGUUAGUAUUUUGUUACAAUACGAAUAUCCGCAAGUGAUUUUAAUGUGCGUUUGUGCCUGACCACGUCCACCGGGAAUUCUUAUUGGUCAAUAGUGGCCAUGGUUUUUAAAUUUACCAGCCUAGAAUAUAUUGCCUUACGAGACUUUUGUCCAUAGAGGGACACCAUUAUCAAGUUUCCUGCAGAUCAGGUCAUUCGGUUGCAGAGGAGUAACGGUUGUUAAGUGUUUUUUUGUGUGUUUUUUUUCAUUCAAUUCAAAUGGCAGAAAAUCCAUCAUGGCGGCACUUCUGGUUCUGAGGCAAAUGUGUUCCUUCUGAGGAGAAGGAUAUAUAUAUAUAUAUAUAUAUAUAGAUAUAUAGAUAUAAAUAUAUAGAUAUAUAUAGAUAUAGAUAUAGAUAUAUAUAGAUAUAUAGAUAUAGAUAUAUAACGGCUGAACCGUGAUGCAAUAGGGGUGUGUUCCUACGCUUAGACGUUGCUGACUACUGACAGCUCUUACAACGCCUGGAUAGGUAUUUCACCUAUCAGCUAACCAACCACAUUGUUAUAGCCUGGUGAGGAGGAGGAGCUCUGUAGACUGUGUCCUGAAGUAGUUUAGCCGCGCUCUGUAGAGCUGCUAUUUUCUCAAUGAACUUGUGACAUUCCUGGAUGACUCAUUAUAUUAAUGAAGUCUGAUUCAAUCAACAAAUACGAUCAUUUGUUUUAUUAAAUUAAAAAAGGUUACGGGUCCAAGACUGUACAUAUCUGGUGGCUGUGUUGCAAAAUCACUACAUAUCCCAUCGUGCCAAGUAGGGAGAGGCUGCCCGUUGUCACAGUUCCAAGACCAGUCAGAAACGUCCAGCUAAACCCCUACGUCAAUGACGUCGGUGGAUCUUUAAACUGAUCUUAGGUCUGUGUUAAGUAGCAAAAAAAACAACUACAGAUGGCUCGAACCAGUCAUGACGAUUCAACAAAACAAUAAAUCUUUUUCAACUUUCUUUGUCUCUGAACUUACAAUAGCUAGCCCCAAGUCGUUAUAUAUUUAAUUUAGCUAUUUGCCUCAUGACUUCUGCAUACUUUGACUACAAACUUUCUUUACCCAACUGUGGGACAGGCUGUUUGUUCCCACACUCAGGAAUGGGCGGCAGGGUAGCCUAGUGGUUAGAGCGUUGGACUAGUAACCGGAAGGUUGCAAGUUCAAAUCUGACAAGGUACAAAUCUGUCGUUCUGCCCCUGAACAAGACAGUUAACCCACUGUUCCUAGGCCAUCAUUGAAAAUAAGAAUUUGUUCUUAACUGACUUGCCUAGUUAAAUAAAGAUAAAAUAAAACUCUGACUCUCUAUUGGUUACACAGACUUUUGGCCUCCCAUCCUAUUCUAACCACCUCUUUCGGUAUUCAUGUUACCUGAUGAAAUUGCUGUACAAUAUGAUCUUGUUGCCAUCUGAUGCGCAUUCAGAUGUCAUAAAUCAGCACUGCAGAGCUCUCCCUGUCCUCUGCCGUGCCUUGAUUGUAUUACUGUUGAUGAUAUCUGGAAAUGUGCAUGUACAGCCUGGCCCCUCUACUGUUGCUAGCCACAAUUGGGCUCUGAUAUCUGCUUCACUGAUUUCUGCUCUCGUAAAAGCCCGGGUUAUCUGCACGUUAACACUAGAAGCCUGUUACCUACAAUGGAUAAAUUGAAA